AUGUCGCAGUACGCACACCUUUCGGACCCUGAUCCAGAGCUCUUGGCUGCCUUCAAUGCAUGGACAGCAAGCUUCACGACUAUAGCUUCUGCGAGGGAGAAGGCCAAAGCGUUCAUCGGUAUGAUCAUGGAUUACCACCGACCGCAUCUCCCCCCUGAUGAGAAGUACAGGAUGGAAGAUCACAAGCUUUCGGUGUUUGGAGGGGAGAUUACAGUUAGAGUAUUGACUCCAAGGAAUGCAGACAACUCACAUGAGCAAAACUCCUUCCCCCUGCUGCUCUGGAUGCAUGGCGGAGGCUGGGGGGUCUCGAACAUAGACCAGGACGACUUCUACUUAAGGAGAAUAUGCGUCGACCUACAAAUCUGCAUUCUCAAUGUGGACUACAGGCUCGCUCCCGAGUAUCCGUUCCCGACCGGCUUGGACGAUUGCUACUCUGCGCUCAAAUGGGUACGUCUCUGUACCAGCCUCAGGACGAACGCAGCUGCCAACUCGUCCUUUUUCAAUGUUGAUUUGUCGCGAGGAUUCCUCGUUGCAGGUCAAUCUUCUGGGUCCAACUUCGCCGCCGCGAUAGCCCACCGAGCCGUUGCGGACCCAUUCUUCAGCGACAAGCCUGUCACGGGACAUGUCCUCCAGCUUGCCUUGGUGUGCCAUCCUGACGCAUAUCCCCCUGAGUGUAGAUUGGAGAUGAUCUCGAUGGAGCAAAACAAAGACGCUCCAUUUCUUAGGAAAGAGCACAUGCUAGGGGCAUGGCACAGAUACGGCGGCUCUCCAACCGAUCCCGACGUAUCACCCCUCUUGUACAAGCAUGAAGGCCUCUCGCCCAUGUAUGCCCAAGUCUGCGGAUGGGACGUUCUGCGUGACGAGGGCCUCCUUUACGAGAAACUGGUGAGAGAAGCCGGGGUGCACACCAAGGUCGAUGUAUACCCCGGAGCAUUCCAUGGGUUCUCCUGCGCAUUCUCGGACGUUCGGCUUGGUGUACGCUUCGACAGGGAAUUUAGGGAAGGCAUCAGAUGGCUUUUGAGCUUAAGCAAGAAAGACGUGCAGCAGAAUUAUGGCGUUACUGCUACUGUCGUAGAUGACUUACCUGGAUAG